AUGUUCUCAGACCAAGUGGGUCAAACUCCCAUAUCUCCGUUUCUACGGGAAUACGGAGUCAAACUGGCUGAACAGGGAUCCUACCAAGAAGCAGGAAGGUCAGUCUACUACUCAGUAGCUUGCGAGGUCCAGGAUCUAUUCGUUACCUGCCGGUCGUCUGCUCUAAGUGGUGCUCUACACGCCGUCCAGUCAGCCGAGGCUCGCAAACGGCGCUUUUCAACAGCCAAUAAAACCCCGUCGUUACUGAUCUGA